GGUGGCUGCGGCCCUUCGUCGUACUCUCGAAUGCGCAAGCGCGGUCGUUCCGGGUGCUCGGAAGACCUGGCGGAUCCCGGCGCUGAUGGAGGCCUGAGGGCGGCGGGGGCGGGGCGCGCCGCGAGCUGGGGGCAUGUCCACGGCGGGCGCCGUCUAGAGGAGGGCCGAGCAGCCGCCACCACGCUUUCAGUCGCGGCGAGACGCAGGCGAGCCAGGCCGAGGGCCGCGGCGGCGAUGCAGCGACGGCGGCGCCCUCCGCCGCCAGUCUCUCAGCUGCCCGAGGGCUGCGGGGGAGGCGGCGGCAGCCGCGGAGGAGGCGGCGGCAGCCGCGGAGGAGGCGGCGGGAGCGAGGAGGUGGAAGUGCAGUUCUCCGCCGGGCGUUUGGGCUCCGCCGCGGCGGUUUCGGCGGCGGCGGCCACGCGCAGCACAGAGGAAGAGGAGGAGAGGCUCGAGCGCGAGCACUUCUGGAAGAUCAUUAAUGCCUUCCGCUACUACGGCACCAGUAUGCAUGAGCGAGUGCACCGAACGGAAAGACAAUUUCGAUCACUCCCAGCUAAUCAGCAGAAACUACUUCCGCAGUUUCUUCUUCACUUGGACAAGAUCCGGAAAUGCGUUGAUCAUAAUCAAGAAAUACUACUCACCAUUGUGAAUGAUUGCAUACAUAUGUUUGAAAAUAAAGAAUAUGGAGAAGAUGAGAAUGGAAAGAUUAUGCCAGCAUCUACAUUUGACAUGGAUAAGUUAAAAUCCACAUUGAAACAGUUUGUGAGAGACUGGAGUGAAACUGGGAAAGCAGAAAGGGAUGCCUGCUACCAGCCAAUCAUUAAAGAAAUUUUAAAAAAUUUUCCAAAAGAGAGAUGGGAUCCUUCUAAAGUAAAUAUUCUGGUACCUGGUGCUGGACUAGGAAGACUGGCCUGGGAAAUAGCUAUGCUAGGUUAUGCUUGUCAAGGAAAUGAAUGGAGUUUUUUUAUGCUCUUUUCUUCCAACUUUGUACUCAACAGAUGUUCUGAAAUUAAUAAAUAUAAGCUUUAUCCCUGGAUUCAUCAGUUUAGCAAUAACCGGAGGUCAGCUGAUCAGAUUCGACCCAUCUUUUUCCCUGAUGUUGACCCCCACAGUCUUCCUCCCGGUUCUAACUUUUCUAUGACAGCAGGAGAUUUUCAAGAGAUAUACUCAGAAUGCAGUACCUGGGACUGUAUUGCUACCUGUUUCUUCAUAGACACAGCUCACAAUGUAAUUGAUUAUAUUGACACAAUAUGGAAAAUACUCAAACCAGGUGGAAUUUGGAUAAACCUAGGUCCUCUGCUAUACCACUUUGAAAAUUUGGCAAAUGAACUUUCCAUAGAAUUGAGCUAUGAGGAUAUAAAAAACGUUGUCCUGCAGUAUGGAUUCCAGGUAGAGGUGGAAAAAGAAUCUGUCUUGUCAACAUAUACUGUGAAUGAUCUCUCCAUGAUGAAGUACUACUAUGAAUGUGUCUUGUUUGUGGUCCGUAAACCACAAUAAUGGUCUCAGGUGGUAUCACAAGGAAAAAAGUUUAAUAAUAGCAGAUGCUGAAAUAAACAACUCAGAGUCAACUAUUACAAUGACAGGACACAAUCUCAAGUGGUAUCACAAGGAAAAAAGUUUAAUAAUAGCAGAUGCUAAAAUAAACAACUCAAAGUCAACUAUCACAAUGACAGGACACAACCUCAAGUCAGUGGUGCCUUCUUAUUCCUAACAAAAUUAAGAAAUAGCGUCUAUUUUCUUAAUAUGUCUAUUGCUUUUUCAGAAACAUACUAUGCCAUGCAUAUUUGUACUACACAAGUAAAAAUGGAGGAAAUGUCUUCAAGUAUACAUUUUCCUUGAAGCCCAGAAUUAUCUUUCAGUUGAAAAAACUUUAUCUCCAGUGUCUUCAAAUAUACAUUUUCCUUGAAGCCCAGAAUUAUCUUUCAGUAGAAAAAACUUUAUCUCCAGUGUCUUCAUGAAGCUGUCCAUUGCAAGUCUGCCAUAUGAAUGACUAAUAGUAUUGAAGUCCAUAAUAAUCUCCUUUUUUUGUUCUUUUGUAUACAUUGCACAUGUUAUUUUUAAAAGAGUCUAAGGAUCCUCUGUCACUUUCAACAUCUGGAAUUGGGAAUUUUGUUUACUUUGGACCUAAGGAAUCUAUACAUAAAAUGUGCAUCUAGGGGCUUCCCUGGUGGCGCAGUGGUUGAGAGUCCGCCUGCCAAUGCAGGGUCCACGGGUUCGUGUCCCAGUCUGGGAAGAUCCCACAUGCUGCGGAGCGGCUGGGCCCGUGAGCCGUGGCCGCUGAGCCUGCGCGUCCGGAGCCUGUGCUCCGCAAUGGGAGAGGCCACAACAGUGACAGGCCCGCGUACCGCCAAAAAAAAAAAAAAAAAUGUGCAUCUAUUCUUUUAUCAUUCAGAUUAUUUGAUUUUAUUUUCUAGCUCAGCUGAAUUUAUAGUUAGCAUCAAACAUUUCAUUUUUAUGAAAUGCUGAAUUCAUAGGAUCACAGGCCAGUAAAAUGCAUUUUAAAUAACUGAGAAAUUAAGUCUUUUGGCCACACUAAAUUGAACGCUUUUUGAAAGCAUACUUAUCAUGGAUCACUCUGAAAUGUAUGAGAUCUCAACAUUCUAAGUGAGGCACAAAAGCCUUUAUUAAAGGUACUGCUCAGAAACUGGGGACAUAAGAAUAAAAUCUGCCCAUGUGAAAUGUAUGAUUUCAAACUAUAAAUGAAUACAGAGUUUGUCAGUGAGAUGUUUACAAUAAUGUCUUUUCUUUAGGUUACAUCAAUUACAAAAGCAAGCACUUUUUUUUCCGUUAAAACAAUUAUAUACUAGUAAAAACUGUCAUGAUAGUAUUAAUGUGGAGAAAUUUUGAUUAUGAAAUUUAGGGAUAAAUUACUGCCCAUGGUCUGUGUCUUUAAUAUUGUAAGAAGCAGCCAUUAAUAUAAUUUCAGAUUAAUACCAAUUUUGUUCCCUGAUAGCUGUAGCUAAAACAGUAUAUAUGCUGCUUUAAAUUUCUACCUCUAGCGGAUCUUUAUUGGAGGGAGUUUUCCUUUGUAUUUUUUUAAUGCUUAUUGUCCUGUUUUCCAGUAGCUUGAUAAGUAGAGAUGACUAAUUUAACCUUUUCUUGGAGAAAAGGAAGUAAUAUUGAAUUUUUUCACAGAUGAUUGUGAUGAUAUUAAGUGACCUCUGUGGCAAUUUGGAUAGAUAGACUUAAUCUCAAUAAUGUGCUGGUAGCAUAAAUGUCAUGUUUUCAUAGGAAAACUUACUUAGAAAUCUUUAGACCUUUACUGUCAGUUAGGUGCGGAGGAGUCACUACGCGAUUUGGCAUCUUACCAGUAGGACCUUUUCUGCAUACACUACAGGAGCUCCUGUGGCCUUUAUGCCCAUGAUGCAGUGAAGGAUUCCGUGAAGUUAAUUUGAUUUGUCAGGUUAUGGACACGUGUAUGUAACCUGUUGAGUGUUUCUGAAAAACUGUUUCUCUUUUUUGUGUUCCUCAAUACUUGGCAGAUAUUCACUUAGUGGGAAUUCUCCUUACCUACCACAUGGAUGAACUUGAAAUUAAUUGCAAGGGGAAAAAGCCCCCAAAUUUAUUAUUUUCUUUUAAAGAAAGAAACUUAAGAGGAGCAUAAGUAUUUUUAAAAAGCCAUUGAAAGGAAAGGAAUCAUGCUGUUUGUAAUUUAGAAAUGCUUUUUAUUCACUGAUUAAUAUUCACUUUUUUACAACUUGUAUCAAAACAAACGAUCUUGGUUUUCUCAUAGAGGGAAAAACAGGUUGACACCAAUGGGUUGGCAUUAUUACUUAAAAUUUUUGCUAUCAGGUUUUAUUCUUUAAUAAUGUUACUUAUAUUUCUAAAUUAUAGCUUAUAUUUUAGUUAAUUCUGAAAUCAGUUAUUUCAUUUGUUUCUAAUUUCUCCCUCAUAUUAUGAAUACUGUUUUUUAAACGUACUUCACAAAUUUGCAUCACUCUUUUUCUUAUAGCUUUUGUAGUUAAUAUAUUCUAAACUUGAAAAUUGUGGUAUCAAUCAAUAAUAGAGGUGUCACUGGAGGAUUUAAUUUUGUAUUUCUUACGUGUAGAAAUAGCUACUAAAGUGUAUAAGCCUUAAAGUUUAAAACAUUUUUCUUAAAUAACUCUAUACACAAAUGUUGUCAUUCAUUUUCAUCAAGUGGGAGGAGAUAGGUCAUUGUGCUUGCUUUUGUUGUUGUUUUUUUUUAAAUUUCCAUAAUCUGAAGCAAUGCAGGCUAGGGUAUAUUAAUCAAGUGAGCAAGAUGGGAUAUGUAAAAUAUAAAGAGAAGCUGUAUAAAUCACAGUAUAAAAUUAUGAAGUUUGGGAACUGUAAAAUGCACUGUAUUUAUAUGUAACUCUCAUUCUAAAAGUUGCCACAAAGGCUGAAUCGGAAGCUUCAUGUCUGCAUGAAAUUUCCUAUAUUUUUAAUGUGUAUGAUGGGAUUAAUUUUUCUUGAAUAUUAAAGUCUGCCAGUUGCUAUGAAACAA